CAAUAACAAAUAUGGUAGACUCUGUGCACAGUUCAUGGAACAUGAAAGACUGCACAUGCUUGUAAGAUACCAUUGACUCGAGGCUGAGGAUUUUGAAUAUAUAGCUAUAGUUUAAAACGAAUCGUUUGCUGUUUAUGUGUUCAUGGAGAAUUAUUUAAAAAGUGUAUUUAAGGUUGAUAAUGUGAGCAGCCUUGGAUUUGGUGGCGGAGGCUGUAUUAGUGAAGGAAGUAGCUACAAAGUUGGCUCAAGGAAAAUGUUUGUGAAAAGAAAUAGCGACGAAGGUGCUGACAUUAUGUUUAUGGGAGAAUAUGAAAGUUUGAAAGCUAUGAGGGACACAAAAACUGUCAGAGUGCCAGAACCAAUUAAGCUUUGUAAAAAUGCUGAUGGAAAAGACUAUCUAUUCAUCAUGGAACAUUUGGACAUGCAUUCAUUACGAAAGUAUCAGCAACAACUUGGAACAGAUAUUGCCAAGCUGCAUUUACACAAUAUAAAUAUGAUUGAGAAACAAAAAGAAAAUGACAAAAACGUUACAACGAAAAAACAUGAAACUGCAGUCCAGAAGUUUGGCUUUCAUACAAGUACGUGUUGUGGCCUUCAUCCAUUGGAUAAUUCAUGGUCAGAAAAUUGGCUAGAGUUUUAUGCAAGACAGAGGAUAGAUAGCAAAGUCAAUGCAAUUCUGGAAUCGUCUGGUGAUAGAGAACUUGUAGAGUUAUGGUCGAAACUUCAGUUGGUGGUUAGUAGGUUAUUCAAAGAAGUAGAUGUGUACCCUUCCUUACUGCAUGGUGAUUUGUGGGGAGGUAAUGCUGCUGAGAUGGAUGAUGGACCAGUUGUGUUCGACCCGGCUUCAUUUUAUGGUCACCAUGAAUUUGAAUUGUCAAUCACCAAUAUAUUUGGAGGUUUCAAUCAGUCUUUUUUCAAGGCUUACCAUUCACUCAUUCCGAAAUCACGUGGUUUUGAUGGUCGUCAUCAGCUGUAUAUAUUAUUUCAUUACUUGAAUCACUGGCAUCAUUUUGGAGGUGGUUAUCGAUCUUCUUCACUUUCUUCCAUGAGAGGUGCGAUAAAAUAUGCAGAGGCUAUGUAACUGUAUUGUCAUGGUGACGCCGUCUUUCCCAACUACGCAAAUCUUCUUACUUCGAGAGAUGUUCUUUACAAGUAUAGCUUUAUUACUCCAAAGAUGUCUUGUUUUGAGAAACAACGCGUGAACUGAAAAUAUGUGAAAUGUUUGGAUUCAACACAUUGAAGUAGCAACCAUUUGAUUGUAAACAUUUUUUUUAAACAAUUUAAACGAAUUUUUUAAGCACGCAUUAGUUAUGGUAUGUGUAUAAUAUAUACAUGCUUUUUAACAUGCCCCACAAAAUUUGUGAUUGAGCUUCAAAGUUUUUCCGUUUUAUAGUCUCGAGUGUUGUUUACAUGUCUUGUUGGUUACCUACUUGGAAAGUCGAAAUUCACUUGUUUGAUCGCUGCAUUUGGGCCAGGUUCUACUUACACAAAAUUCGUCGAAUUAAUAGACAUCAAUCGAUGCCUGACUGCUUCUUAAUUUUUGUUGACCGACGUCGAUCUAUUUGAGCAUUUUCUGUUAAGUUUACACGCUCCUAGGCUAGUGCGCCAAAUUGAAAUCAAAGUUCUAAUCACGUUUAUAACUUAAAUACACGAUUUUUCUUUUAUAAGAAUAUGUUGUAUAAGAAUAUCAGAGUAAAAUAGAUUAAUGACCAGCCUGGUUAGAAAAAAAUUCUGCACAGCACUAAUAGCCUGGGUACGAGUUUCA